AUGGAGUGUUUGUGCCUGGCCUCGCCCGUCGUUUCAAUAUUCCUCCGAAGAAGAAGACGAGGUCGUCGGUACCAGCGUUUAUCAUUAUCAUCAUCAGAAGAAGAAGAAGAAGUAGGGCAAUUAGUAACGGUGGUGGCGGGGAAAGAUCAGAAGAUGAAGUUCUUGGUGGAUCGACUUGUUCUUGACCUCAAUCCCUUUCGGAUCCUCAUGGAGUCGACGCUGAUGACGAAGAAGAACAACAAAGGAGGAGGAGGAGGAAUCAUAUUCAUGGAUGUUGACUCCAUUCUUAUCGAACACAUCUUGUGGCUCAUCAAAAACGAUUCUUCGUCCCUUUCCAAUCUCACUCUCAAUCUCACUGACAUCCUUGAUUUCUAUACGAACGAUGAUUAA